AUGCCAUUUUCAAUCACUGAACAGCAUAUUUGGAUCAUUGUUGAUGUCGAAGAUGAAGUUCAUAGUGAUUUUAUUGCAUUACGAAGUAUGUUAAUACGAACAAAUUUAAAUGAUUUACGUGAUGUAACACAUAAUAUUCAUUAUGAAAAUUAUCGUUAUAAAAAGUUAAAUUCAUUUCAUGGAAAUGAUAUAAAAAAUGGUAAAACAUUACAAACACCUUCAGUUAAUAAAAAUUUUUUAUCACAAAUAGAAGAUGAACGAAUUGAAACGGAAACGAGAUUAGAAAAAAUGUCUCGUGAUAUGGAAGCUGUUUAUCAAUCAAAAGUCACAGAAAAAUUACAAAAAUUAGAAGAAAGCAAACAAAAUGUUUUAAAAACUCAAGAAACAUAUCGAUUGAAUAUUCAACAAGAAGAAGAACGUUUUCAAUUAAAACGUGAAGAAUUUGAACGUGCUCGACGAGAAUGGGAAGAAAGUUUAACAAAAACUGGAUUUGCUGAUCAAAUUGGAUCACUUACGUAA